AUGAGCAUGUGCUGGUUCAUUACAACUUUAGCCAUUGCUACUUUCUUUCCCCCCACUGCUUAUGCUUAUGAUAGCAACCCUCUACAGGACAUAUGUGUUGCAGUUAACGACUCUAAGGCUUCAGCUUCAUUUUACUUCACCUAUGCAGUUUUCGUGAAUGGAAAGAUUUGCAAAGACCCAAAGCUUGUAAAAGUAGAUGAUUUCUUUGCUUCAGGUCUUAAUGUUAGUGGAAUUGUAGUGCCCGGGUUUGGCUUUUUUGUUCCCGGUGCUGCAAACUUCUUUAAAAAUCAUCUUUUCUCCAAAAUCUUGAAUCCUGGAGAUGUAUUUGUGUUCCCGAAAGGUCUUAUUCACUUCCAGUAUAAUGUGGGACACAAAAAAGCUACUGUGCUUGUCUUUUUCAACGGUCAAAAUCCUGGACUUAUCACGAUUCCUGGUUCAAUCCUUACUUCAGAACCGACUGUUCCGGACAACAUUCUUGCCAAAGGCUUCCAACUUACUAGGACACAGAUUUCAGAAGCACCAAUGCGCUCCUGGUUGAUUUUAUGGGACCAGGGAGAAUUAAUCUCAGAGUACACAUCAGUAUUGAUAGGUCUUAACCUUGGUGAGCUCAGUGAUCUUGCUUUUGCUCUUGCUGCUUCAGUUGCUGCCGUGUAG